AUUUGAUACUGAGAAGCUCUCGCGCCGCGUCGCGUUCAUCUCCUUAAUUAAUCCCGUUUCCAGCGAAGCCCGCCGUCUCCCUCCUCCACUUUCUCCUCCAAAACCCAAGCUAUCCACCUCCUCCUACUUCUCCUUCCCGGCGAAGCUCUUCGAUCUUCUCCAGCUCGAUCGGAAGCUUCCACACCCGCCGGCCAAUCAGCAUGGUGCUCUCACACGGCGUGUCGGGCUCCGACGAGUCCAUCCACUCCACGUUCGCCUCCCGCUACGUCCGAUCCUCCCUCCCCAGGUUCCGGAUGCCGGAGAACUCGAUCCCGAAGGAGGCGGCGUACCAGAUCAUCAACGACGAGCUGAUGCUGGACGGCAACCCGCGGCUGAACCUGGCGUCGUUCGUCACCACGUGGAUGGAGCCCGAGUGCGACAAGCUCAUCCAGGCCUCCGUCAACAAGAACUACGUCGACAUGGACGAGUACCCCGUCACCACCGAGCUCCAGAACCGAUGUGUGAACAUGAUUGCACACCUCUUCAAUGCCCCUCUAGGAGACUCUGAAACGGCCGUCGGCGUCGGCACUGUCGGCUCAUCUGAGGCCAUCAUGCUCGCCGGUUUGGCCUUCAAGAGGAGGUGGCAGAACAAGAUGAAGGCAGCUGGCAAGCCGUGCGACAAGCCAAACAUUGUCACCGGUGCCAAUGUCCAAGUUUGCUGGGAGAAGUUCGCGCGCUACUUCGAGGUGGAGCUCAAGGAAGUGAAGCUGAGUGACGGCUACUACGUCAUGGACCCGGCUAAGGCUGUGGACAUGGUCGAUGAGAACACCAUCUGCGUUGCGGCGAUCCUCGGGUCGACGCUGAACGGGGAGUUCGAGGAUGUCAAGCUGCUCAACGAUCUGCUCACCCAGAAGAACGCUGAAACAGGCUGGGACACGCCGAUCCACGUCGACGCGGCGAGCGGCGGGUUCAUCGCGCCGUUUCUGUACCCGGAGCUGGAGUGGGACUUCCGUCUGCCGCUGGUGAAGAGCAUCAACGUGAGUGGGCACAAGUACGGCCUUGUCUACGCCGGUAUCGGGUGGUGCAUCUGGAGGACCAAGGAGGACCUGCCUGAGGAGCUCAUCUUCCACAUCAACUACCUCGGCGCCGACCAGCCCACCUUCACCCUCAACUUCUCCAAAGGUUCCAGCCAGGUCAUUGCACAGUAUUACCAGCUAAUCCGCCUUGGCUUUGAGGGGUACAAGAACAUCAUGGAGAACUGCCAGGAGAACGCGAUGGUGCUGAAGCGUGGGCUGGAGAAGACGGGGCGGUUCAACAUCGUGUCCAAGGACAACGGCGUGCCGCUGGUGGCCUUCUCGCUCAAGGACAGCAGCCGGCACAACGAGUUCGAGAUCUCCGACUUCCUCCGCCGCUUCGGCUGGAUCGUGCCGGCCUACACCAUGCCCCCCGACGCGCAGCACGUCACGGUGCUCCGCGUCGUCAUCCGCGAGGACUUCAGCCGCACGCUCGCCGAGCGCCUCGUGCUCGACGUCGAGAAGGUGCUCCACGAGCUCGACGCGCUCCCGGCCCGCGUCGCCCUUAACGGCGACGCCCUCGCCGCCGCGGCGAGCGAGAGGGAGAUGGAGAAGCAGCGCGAGGUGAUCUCCCUCUGGAAGAGGGCCGUGCUGUCCAAGAAGAAGACCAACGGCGUCUGCUGAGCGAGUCGCGUACUACUAUUAUGGUGCACUGCGUCAUUGCAACUUAAUUAAUUUUUUACCGUGCCGUUUACUAUCUCAACUCCUUCUUCUCUCAUCUGAUUGACGAAUUGAUGCUGCCUAAUCAUGUACCAAGUUAUUAAUUAGCUCGGCUCGGUUCGAAACACUGUUUGUAUAUGUCAAACACGGGAUUAUGCAAUUUACACUUGUUGCC